CUUUAUUCCGACUAUCAACGACUCUGGCCCGAUUUUUUACUCCCGACCUUUGAUAUCCCAGAAACCAUCUGAAAUGUAAAUUGUACAUAAUUUUGUUUCAUGUAUUACUUUGGUUUGUCACGAAAAAUAUUGUACUCCGCGGCUUUCAGUUGUAAUCUUGUGUAUAGAAGAAAAACCUCAUGUUCUUCUCCAGUCGCAUAUUUCAAACAUUUCUUCUGUACAAGCCUCGAAGAACCACUGAAAUUUGAAUACAAGAUGGCCACUUUGGAAACCCUGAACAUGGACAACUUCGCAUUGAGGUCCCUACCAAUCGAUAAAGAGGUCAAAAAUUACGUCCGGCAGGUCCCUGGAGCGUGUUUCUCUCGUGUUGAACCAACUCCAGUGGAAAAUGCCACAACAGUGGCUUAUUCCACGACUGCAAUGUCUCUUUUGGACCUCCCUGAACAAGAGUUGCAACGUGAUGAUUUUGCAGAAUACUUUAGUGGAAAUAAACUUUUGCCGGGGACGGAACCCGCAGCUCAUUGCUACUGCGGUCACCAGUUCGGGUAUUUUUCUGGUCAGCUGGGAGAUGGUGCUGCAAUGUAUCUUGGCGAGGUGGUGAACAGAAAAGGAGAAAGAUGGGAGAUACAAUUUAAAGGUGCCGGCCUCACUCCUUAUUCCAGACAAGCAGAUGGGAGAAAAGUGUUACGAUCAAGCAUAAGAGAGUUUCUUUGCAGUGAGGUGAUGGAUAAUGAAUUGCCUGACUCUUGGGCCUGGAUUAUUCUACAGGUUGUGACAGACAACAGCGAAGAGACAUAUCUGGGUUUCUUUAAAGAAGUUAUCAGGUUCACAGCAAGACUUGUAGCAAAGUGGCAAUGUGUGGGUUUUUGUCAUGGGGUGUUGAACACAGACAAUAUGAGUAUCCUUGGNUCACAGAGGAACAGUUCACAGUAUGCAAACUUGAGCCUGGCGGACUUUAAUUUUCUUGACCAAAAAAAAAUCGACCAAUGUAGCCCUGCAAAGGUUUGAAGUAACCUUAAGGUGAAUAAUUGGAUGUUUGUGACAACAGAUGAUCAAGCAAGGUAUUGCUAUCAGGCCCAGCCUGAGAUCUGCAAGUGGAAUCUGAUCAAGUUAGCUGAGGCAAUCAGAGAUGUGCUUCCUUUAGAAAGAUCAAAAGCUGCUGUUGAAGAAAUUUAUGAGAUGGAGUAUCAGCAGGCCUACAUGGAGAAAAUGAGACUCAAGCUCGGUUUGUUGAAGAAGCAAUUACCUGAAGAUGAAGAUCUUGUAAAGAGCCUCUUGGAAACCAUGCACAAGACAGGUGCUGAUUUUACAAAUUGUUUUAGAUGCCUCUCCAGGAUCUCCCUGCAAAGUGGCUCCUCUGGGGAUGAUAGUGAUGAAAAUAUUUUGGAGUACCUGGUGUCUCAGUGCCAAACAGUGGAUGACAUGAAAAAAGCUUCAAAACCCUUCCUUGGAGCAAGAGAGUUUCAGAUGCUGAUGAUGUUACUUCGGACUAGUCCCAGUAUCCUAGAACAGCUGGGGAGUAGAGCAGCUCUGAUUCAGAAGGAACUGGAGAGGAGGGAGAAGGUUCAGCAAAUGAAUGAGAUGAAACCAGAAGAGAAGAAAGCUAAAGAUAGACAACUAUGGAAAGACUGGAUUGACCAAUACAGAUUACGUCUAAAUGUGGACAUUGAAGAUGAGCAAGAUAAGGAGAAAGCAAAGAAGGAGCAGAUUGAAGUGAUGAAGUCCAACAAUCCAAGGUUUAUUCUCAGAAACUAUAUUGCACAGAAUGCCAUUUCUGCAGCAGAGAAGGGAGAUUUCUCAGAGGUCAAAAGAGUCCUUAAACUCCUUGAAAACCCUUACAGUGAUGACAUUGAUGUUGAAUUAAGUCAAGAGGCAAAGAAAGAGACAGAUUCAAGAGGAGCGUCAGAAGCAAGCUGCAGUGCAGAGGAACACUUCAGCUAUGACAGCAAACCCCCAGGCUGGGCUGUUGAUUUAAGGGCAAAGAAGGAGCAGAUUGAAGUGAUGAAGUCCAACAAUCCAAGGUUUAUUCUCAGAAACUAUAUUGCACAGAAUGCCAUUUCUGCAGCAGAGAAGGGAGAUUUCUCAGAGGUCAAAAGAGUCCUUAAACUCCUUGAAAACCCUUACAGUGAUGACAUUGAUGUUGAAUUAAGUCAAGAGGCAAAGAAAGAGACAGAUUCAAGAGGAGCGUCAGAAGCAAGCUGCAGUGCAGAGGAACACUUCAGCUAUGACAGCAAACCCCCAGGCUGGGCUGUUGAUUUAAGGGUGACAUGAUCAUCGUAAAUACCUUGUCAUGAAUGAAUCAGAACACUAAACCAUGCCACAAAAUUUGGAACUUUCAAAAGUGUCUUCAUCUAUAUGUCCAUGAACCAGUAGUAAACAUUACAGAUAUCAGAGAACAGGUGAAUGGGUCAUAGUAUUUCUCAUUAUCAAAUUUUGAAUGGAAAUAAGAACUAGAUGGUAUAACCGUAUAAAUAAUAUUAUGAAGAUGUAAUGUCCGCUGAAAAUAUUAUUUCAUACUGUGUACAUAUUUUGGACAAGCCAAGUAAUGGAUGGAUGUGAAACUCUCAAUACCAACAUUAAUACAUGUAACUAAAUUAUAACUGUUUCAAAGGGAAACUGUGGAAUUUUUACAACUACAUCAGAUGAAAACACUUGCACAGUAGCUUUGUUAAGUGUUCUAUUCAUUCAUGGAAUAUGAGGUAAACAGCAAUAAUAGCUAAAGUGACUUCACACCACAUGUUAAAAUGUCACAGUACAUUUUGCUCAUGACAGUGCAAUUUAAAACCAGAAGGAAGAUUGCACUUGAAGUGUGGAAGUGAUGUCAACAAAAACAACUCAAUUUUUGUAAAAAAAAAAAAAAAAAA